AAAUGUAUUUUAAAUAUUCUGUCAAACAAUGUCUAUAAUUCUGUCUUAUGUUGUAAAUUUUCUCCUCUGAUCUCAGAUAACAAUAAUUUCCUAUUAGGCUACUAAGUCCCAAAGCUCCUUAGUCUGCUUAAUGCUUUUAAUGCUGGUAUAUAUAGAAACAUCCAAAAAUCAGAUGCAAACCAUGUCCAAAGAUUAAAAAAUUCCCAAAAAUCCAGUAUUUCUCACUGCACAAAGCUAACAAUUUCCUUUGUUACCCGAAAGUAGAAAAAUUUGAUGUCUCAUGAUAAUAAUGUCAAUCAAUUUAUCAAAGUAUGUGGGUAUUGUUGCAGUAUUGCUAUCCCUUUUUGCCAUGGCCUGUGUGAUACAUUGCCAGAUUCCUAAAGCUAAUCCUCAAGAUUCCACCUUGGCAGAGCAGUGGAAAGGAAUUAUCCAUAAGAAGUUAUUACAUGUUGCUCAGACCAACAACACGCCAUCCAGCAGCUGCGUCAGAGUUUGUUAUUAUGUCCUCCCGCUGUCUAAUUCUUCAGACUAUCUACAGCCGGAGGAUGUGGAUGCCUUCCUCUGCACACACCUCAUUAUUGUGGCCGAUGGCUCAGCUAUUGUUAACGACUCUGUCCAAUUCAAGCACCCGCAGGAUGAAGAGCUGAUCCAGCGGACAGUGGCGCUGAAGCAACGCAACCCCCGCCUGCUGCUGCUCUUCAGUCUCAUGCUCGGCUUCCCAAAGCUUGUGACCAACCACACCGCUGUUGUCAGCUUUGCCUACAACAUGCGCAUGUUCGUGGAGCAGCGUGGGCUGGAUGGGGUGGACGUGGACUGGGAGUUCCCCAAGUGGUCCCCUGGUGGUGGGGAGAAAGCCCUCUUCGUGGACCUCUUGGACCACCUCAGCACUGCGCUCAGGUUGGUGCAGCCGAGCUACCUGCUGACGGUGGCAGUGUCUGGCAUCAAGACCAUCGUGGCGACCUCCUACGACCUGCCCGGCAUUGCCAGGAACUGUGACCUGAUCUGCCUCAUGGGGUACGACUACCACAUGUACAAGCCGUACCUGCCCUUCACCGGGCACAACGCCCCCCUCUACCCCAGCAAAGGGUCUCUCGGGUACUUCGCUACCCUGAACGUGGCGGCGAGCGUGGCGGGGCUGCUGCGGGGCGGCGUGCCGCGGCAGCAGCUGGUGGUGGGGGUGCCCACUUACGGCCGCACGUGGCGGUGGGUUUGGUACUCACGUGGGUUAUAUUGA